GGUGUAGGGCGCGUGUUGAAAAAGAGGAGUGCUGCCAAAGUUUGCAUCAGAUCAGCCAGUGGAGUAGGUGCUAUUCGGGUUUGGAUCCAAGUCCACUGUGCGCUCCAGCCACACGCCCCACGGGAAGCACAAUUGCCAGCUCUUUCGUUUUUUUUUUUUUUUUUUCCGUGCGUGAGGGUGCGUUCGUGCAUCCCGUCUUCAAAAGGCAACAUUUCCUUUUCUGCAAAAUGGACAGCACCACCAUCACGACAACGCAAAUCACUCAAGGUGCUUAUUCUUUCGGACUUUCGGAGGCGUGUGCGACCCUCACGUUGCAAGCCUCUGCCCAGGAGUGUGGCAUCUCCAACUCGAGUCACCAGAGCAAAAACAAAGUGCUGAAAAGACAGCGCUCAAGCUCGCCGGAACUCCUCAGGUGCAAGAGGAGGCUCAGUUUCAACGGACUUGGCUACAGUAUCCCGCAGCAGCAGCCGGUCGCGGUCGCCAGGCGCAACGAGCGAGAGAGGAACCGGGUCAAGCAGGUCAACAUGGGUUUCCAGACGCUGCGCCAACACGUGCCCAACGGCGCAGCCAACAAGAAGAUGAGCAAGGUGGAGACGCUGCGGUCGGCGGUAGAAUAUAUACGCGCCCUGCAGCAGCUCCUGGACGAACACGAUGCAGUGUCAGCUGCGUUUCAGUGCGGGGUGCCGUCCCCAACUAUUUCCAACACCUACUCGGCCGAUCCAGAAUCGCCUCGAUCCAGCUACUCCUCGGACGAAGGGAGCUACGAGCACCUGAGUUCGGAGGAGCAGGAACUGCUGGAUUUCACCACCUGGUUCGACAGAUACUGACGAGUGUCGCAGGUGCAAAGUUGAAGCUGGAGAGGAAAUCAGCCGGGGUACUUCUGAUCGCCGUUGCCAUGCUACGGGAGAAGAGGAUUACGGGGGUCCCCUGCGCCUCUUUGAAUAACUUGGGGGUGGGAGGGGGGAACCAGUUCGUCCGGUCCUGCCGGAUAAUGCGUCGAGACACAAAGGGAUGCCACCAAAACUGUGGAGGGAAUGUUAUUAUUGUUAAACUAAGUGCAAUUAAUUAUAUUUGGAACCGUGCGGACUAGUCAGUAUCUCCACAGUGACGUGGUACCAGGAGAGUUUAGUAAUCGAUGCCAGUUCGCCAGGUGAAGGUGCGCAGUGAAGCGCGAGACAGAGAGCAGUAUCGGACUACAGCUUCUCCAGUUCCCAAUAUUGGGGAAUCGGCAGCAACGUGAUACUCAAUUUUCUUUCGUAUUUCAAUUGAUGUAUAUUUUCUUCUCUUUUUUUGUAACAUACAUCGCAUCGAGUUAUAUGAAGUUUUUUUUUACACACGAACAAAUAAACGCAAAGCGAGCGAUAUUUACUCUGGAAGAACUGCCACUGCCACCUUCCGCGAGCGCGAGUGUGUGUGUUGAGGUACAGGGUGACGCCUGCGAGAACCGUUCUGUAUAGAUAGGCUAAGUCUUAACCUGCUGUUCAGACCGCUGGAUUUAUUGUGUUUUGUAUAGUCGAUUUGUCCUGAAUUGGUAUCAUGGCAAACUAUUUGUUCCCAAGAAUGAUUGAAGUGUUUUAUGUAUGGAAGAUUUUUUAAAGGAUGCACUUGUGUUCCAUGUUUUUCAUACUAAAAUGUACAUAUGCAAUUUUUUUAACAGAUUUAUCAUAUUUUAUGUAAAAUAGGCUUUAUAAAUAAAGAUCACUCUAUUUAUACUAUAUUUUGUACUGUAUCUGA